GGCGCUGCGUGCUGUCGGCGGGUCUUGGCCGGGGUCCUCCCUCGCCCCCUAGUUCUCCGCGAAGCCGGUGUGCACUCUCCUGGAGGCCAUGGGGCGACAGUGGGGGCCCGCCAUGAGGGCGGCCGAGCAGGCGGGCUGCGUGGUGAGCGCCUCCCGGGCCGGGCAGCCGGAGGCGGGCUCGUGGAGCUGCAGCGGGGUGAUCCUGAGCCGCAGGCCGGGCCUAGUGCUGUGCCACGGGGGCAUUUUCACCCCGUUCCUGCGGGCCGGCAGUGGGGCGCUGACAGCGGCGGGCGCCGCCUUCCUGCCCGGCGACAGUUGCGGCGACGACCUGCGCCUACACGUGCAGUGGGGCCCAACGGCCGCGAGUCCCGCAGGCCGCGCGGAGCGGGGCCGCACCGGGCUGUGCACGCCCCACUGCGCCGGCCUGGAGCCCAGCCCACCGGCCCGGCCCCGCGGGCGGCCCCUGCGGCCCCCGCGCCCCGCCGAGCUGCUGCUGCUGCUGAGCUGCCCGGCCUUCCGGGCCCACUUCGCGCGCCUCUUCGGGGGCGAGGCGGCCGAGCAGUGGCACUUCGCGAAUGCGGCGCCGGACGACGAGGUGUCGGAGGACGAAGAGGAGGAUCAGUUGAGAGCUCUGGGCUGGUUCGCGCUGCUGCGCGUGCGGCCGGGUCAUGGGGAGGAGGCGGAGGAGCGCGGGCCGGCCGUGGCCGUGGCGCCUCUCGGGGCCGUGCCCAAGGGCGCGCCGCUGCUGGCCUGCGGCUCCCCGUUCGGGGCCUUCUGCCCGGACAUCUUUCUCAACACGCUCAGCCGGGGCGUGCUCAGCAACUCGGCCGGCCCGCUGUUGCUCACUGACGCGCGCUGCCUGCCGGGCACAGAGGGCGGAGGCGUGUUCGCGGCGCGGCCCGCGGGGGCGCUGGUGGCGCUAGUGGCGGCCCCCCUCUGCUGGAAGGCCCGCGAGUGGGUGGGCCUCACCCUACUCUGCGCCGCUGCCCCUCUCCUCCGCGCCGCCCGAGCCGCGCUCGGCCGCCUGCACCCCGGCGCCACGGCCCUGGCUGCCCUCCUGCCGCCCGAGAUGGGUGCCCCGUGGGGCCUGCCCCUCCGAGACCCGGGACCCCCGUGGGCAACCGCAGCCGUGCUGGUGGAGUGCAGCACCGUAUGGGGCUCCGGAGUGGCCGUGGCGCCCCGCCUCGUGGUGACCUGCCGGCAUGUGGCUCCUCGGGAGGCGACCAGGGUUCUGGUGCGCUCCACCACCCCCAAGAGUGCCAUGAUCUGGGGACAUGUGGUAUUUGCCACCCAGGAGACAUCUCCCUAUGAUAUAGCCGUGGUGAACCUGGACGAGGACCUAGAUGGUAUCCCCAUGCCUGUGCCUGCUGAGCAUUUCCAUGAAGGUGAGGCUGUCAGUGUGGUGGGCUUCGGCGUCUUCGGCCAGACUUGUGGGCCCUCGGUGACCACAGGCAUCCUGUCAGCUGUGGUGCAGGUGGAUGACACACCAGUGAUGCUUCAGACCACAUGUGCUGUGCAUGGCGGCUCCAGUGGGGGACCCCUCUUCUCCACUGGCUCAGGAGAACUCCUGGGCAUCGUUGCCAGCAACACCCGGGACAAUAACACGGGGGCCACCUACCCCCACCUGAACUUCAGCAUCCCCAUCACAGUGCUCCAACCAGCCCUGCAGAAGUACAGUCAGACAGGUGACCUGGGCGGCCUCCGUGAGCUGGACCGUGCCACUGAGCCAGUGAGGGUGGUGUGGCGGCUGCAACGGCCCCUGGCAGAGGCCCUGCGGAGCAAGCUCUGAGGCUGUGUCACCCCUCUGGAUAGAAGAGCAACCAUUUUAUGCCAUGAGAAGUGCUGAGGCUGGCAGCCUCAGGAUCCUGACACGGCACGCCCCAACUGGGCUGCCUCCCCAUUACCACCCACCGUGUUCAGCCCUGGAGACUGGAUCAAACUUCUCUUCAGCCCCGUGGGUCUCCAACCUGGCAGCUUGUUUUGGGGUGCUUUCUGGAGCCCCCACCACUCUCUGCCCCCUUGCACUAGACUCAGCUCUGUUGUUUCCCCUUGUGGGGAGCCCAGUACAACUACACAUCAGCCCUGGUCCUGACAGAUGCUGGCUGGAAGGCAGGUCCAGCCCUGGUUUUGCAUCUGUUCCCUGUCUCCUGAUAGCCACUGGCCACCUGGGGCCGCCGCUUCACUGGGGCCUUGGCUCCUUUCUGCUCUCAGUCAGACUUGGGCUGACACGGCACUGGGGCUUCCUCAGGAAACCUUGGCAGAGAGGCCCUGCUCUGAGGACCUGAGACAAAAGGAAAAGAGCAUCUUCCUGUUCUGCCAGGUCUACGGGGAGGCAGCGUUCCUGAAAGUCAGGACUCCUGGGUCUGUAUGUCAAGCGUUGCUGACCUACAGGGGCAUUCUGACACAGUGCCUUGAUUUUCCAACCCAUAAAAUGGGCCUCAGGGAUCUUGGAGGGUGGAAUGUAUUGUUGGGGUUUGGGAAUAAACAGGACAUACAGAAGGACCUCUAUA